AUGUGGCUGGCAAUAGCGUUUCUGCUGUUCGGAACGUUAAAUGCCGUCGACCGACAAAAUUUCAAGACUUGUGACCAAUCUGCAUUUUGCAAGUAUGUUUUUCUUAAUUGUAGGUGUUUUGAUUAUUUGUACAGUUAAACUGCGGCAAUGUAUGAGAGUUGCAGCACUCUAGAGACUUUCACUCUAAAAUGUUAUCACUUAUAACAAUAAAUUCCUAUGUAGGUAAACACUUCAAUCAAAUUAUUUUGAAACAUAAGAACAUUCUUUGAAUUCAAAUCAUUAGUUGAGAGAAGUACACGUUGCAUAAGCAAAAGUUCGCAUUAAAAACAGGUUUCUUUUAUUUUCUCAUGUCUUCAAAUGCGGAAGUAGCUGACAGUCCCAGAAUUAUUCGAUUUUUUAAGGCGUCAUCGAGCGGUGACAGCGCCGACAGGAUAUGAAGUGGUCUCUGAUUCCGUAAAGAUAAACGACACUGGCCUCCACGCAACUAUCAAGAACAAGGAUACCACAUUGAAAGUGAGCAUUGUGACCCUGAAAGACUCCACGGUCCGAGUGGUGAUUGACGAGGCCGAGGGAGCUCUCAGAAAAAGAUAUCAGCCUCUUGAAGCGUUAGUGGAGAGAGAACUAUCGCAGCAAAAGUGAGGAAAAUAGAUUUGAAAAAGCAGUUAUAACAGUCAUUAUGUUCAGAGUAAAAAAAGCGAAGGAAGAAAUUUCUACCACUAAAAUUCUAACGAGUGAUGGUCACCGUGUUGUUUUGCAGCACAAACCAUUCAGAGUUGAUUUCUUUGUGAAAGAUAAGAUUGCAUCCUCUAUCAACGCCAAGGAAACCCUUCACUUUGAAGCCUUUAAAAAGAAAGUGUUGUUGACGGAUAGAGAGAAAGGAUUCUGGGAGGAAACGUUCAAAGACAUCAAAGACACUAAACCUCACGGAUCUUCUUCAGUUGGUGUUGACAUUGCCUUUGUGGGAGCAAAACACGUGUUUGGAAUUCCUGAGCAUGCAGAAGGAUAUUCGUUGAGAGACACUAGGUAUGCAUAAUCUCACUUUUCUUUCAAAAAAUUGUUUUUUUAGAACUUACGAGCCAUACCGCCUGUACAACUUGGACGUAUUCGAGUAUGAAACGAACUCCCCCAUGGCUCUUUACGGAUCGAUUCCUUAUUUGGUAGGAGUUCACCAGAAACGAUCCGUCGGAGCACUUUGGUUGAAUGCCGCGGAAACAUGGGUUGAUAUCGAGCCAACUACCGCCGACAAGGGUGGUCUUAGCAAAGAAGUCCUUGAUGCGGAUACAAAGCCAAGAGAUGUUCCACAGCACAAUGCUCGUUUCUAUUCGGAAUCCGGACUCAUCGACGUGUUCAUCACUCUUGGACCGCAGCCAAAUGACAUUUUCCGUCAGCUUUCUGCUCUCACUGGAGUGACCCCUCUUCCACCUGCGUUUGCUCUUGGAUAUCAUCAAUCUCGUUGGAAUUACAAAGAUCAGAAGGAUGUGAAGGAAGUUCAUGAAGGCUUUGUAAAGAAUGACAUUCCGCUUGAUGUUUUGUGGCUAGAUAUUGAACACACUGACCAAAAGGCUUAUUUCACGUUUGAUAAGGAUGCUUUUGGAGCGCCUGAAGAAAUGAUUAAAGAUCUUGCCGAAAAGGUGAAUCGAAAUAUCUAAGAAAUGUACCCUUGACAAUUUUUCUUCUUUCAGAAUCGAAAACUGGUUACAAUUGUCGAUCCACAUAUAAAGAAAGAUUCCAAAUACUACAUCUACAAGGAAGCUAAGAAGAAUGUGAGUGAAUUGGAAACGUGUGGAGUCUGUAGUGCUUUUAUAGAAAUAUCUGGUGAAAGACGCCAAGGAUACUAUCUACGAGGGUAACUGCUGGCCAGGAGACUCCACUUAUAUAGACUUCUUAAAUCCAAAAGCUAGACAGUGGUGGUCUGAACAAUUUUCUUUUGACAAAUACAAGGGAACCACAAAAGAUGUGCACAUUUGGAAUGAUAUGAACGAGCCGUCUGUUUUCAACGGACCAGAAAUUACAAUGCAUAAAGACGCAAAGCAUCAUGGAGGGUUUGAGCAUAGAGAUGUGCACAAUGUUUACGGGUUCCAUCAACAUUCAUCCACUUUCGAAGGACUCAAAGCUCGCAGCAAUAACGAAGUUCGUCCUUUUGUUCUCUCGAGAUCGUUCUUUGCGGGAUCUCAGAGAACAGCAGCUGUCUGGACUGGCGACAACAAAGCCGACUGGUCUCAUCUCAAGGUUGAGAAAUUCUUAGAGAAUAAAACAAUUUCAUUCUUUAGGCCUCUAUUCCAAUGCUUCUGUCUCUUUCUACUGCUGGUCUUCCAUUUGUUGGUGCUGAUGUUGGUGGAUUCUUUGGAAAUCCAGAGGAAGACCUUCUUGUCAGAUGGUACCAAGCAGGAGCGUUCCAACCAUUUUUCAGAGGACACUCCCAUCAAGACACCAAAAGACGCGAGCCCUGGCUUUUUGCUGACGUACAAUUGAUCAGAGAAAUAUACGUAGAUUUCAAACAUUUCUUUCAGAACACCACUGACGCAAUCCGUACUGCUAUUAAGACCCGCUAUUCGUUCCUCCCAUACUGGUACACGUUGUUCUACGAGCAUUCAAAGACCGGAAAGCCAAUAAUGAGACCAUUCUGGUUGGAAUUCAUUGAAGACGAAUCGUCUUGGGAUGAAGACAGGCAGUGGAUGGUGGGAAGUGGACUUCUUGUCAAGCCCGUUCUCGAGGAGAAGGCCAAGGAGCUUUCAAUUUAUUUGCCAGGAAAGAGACAGGUUGGUUGUAUUAUUCAGUUUUUUCGAUUAAAAAAUGUUAAGGUCUGGUACGAUUGGGAGACUCAUAAGGCUCGUCCAUCUCCAGGAGCUGUUCAAAUUCCUGUAAAUCUGAACACAAUAGGACUUUAUCAUAGAGGAGGUAAUAUCCCAAACACCUCUCUCCAUGUUUGCAUUUCUCUGUUUUUUCAGGAACCAUUAUCCCUAAGUUGUCGGAAGUGAAGCUUACCACCAAGGAAAAUCAUGAACAACCAAUCAUUCUUUACAUUGCCGUCAACCAAAAGGGAGAUUUUGCCAACGGAACAAUUUACUUGGAUGAUGGAGAGUCUUACGCGUAUGAAAAAGGAGAUUUUGCUUACUGGGGAUUCACUUUUAAGCGGUAACAUUGUUUUGAUGAUGUUCUAACAAAAAGAAAACUACUUUUUCAGGGAGCACGACUAUCUUCACACAAUCACCAACAAGAACCUGGACAAGAAGGGUAAGUUUGACAGCGAUGUGUACAUUGAAAAAAUCGUCAUCCGUGGCGCCAAGUUCUACCCAAGAAACGCGCACAUUUUCUUGGAUGAUUUCUCGCCAGAAGACUUGGAAUUCGAGUUCAACCGCGAUAAUUUCAUUAUGGAAAUUGCCCAACCGGGUGCUUUUGUGACUCGCGAGUUCCGAAUUGACAUUCAUUCGUGA